UGAUCGGAAGGCUAUCUGUGCAAAGUUACGGUACUAUUACAUGAUGCCAUAUUCUGUUGCGUGGUCGGUUCUAAAAAACGUAUAUAAAUGUUGGUGUUCACGUAGUAGUAUAUUCUGAAUUGGAAAAUAAACCGGAAUUUUUCGAUACAUAUAUUAUCAAAUUUGGCACAUUUAUACUGCGUUGUUAAUUAUCAAAAAUGGUUAGUAAAAGUCUUACAACGCGAGAAAUACGAGAUAUUAUGCGCAAAGCGGCAAAUGACAAACCGAACAUCAAUGAUAUCUUAGACAGAACAACGGCUGGCAUAAUCAAUAAUAUUGCUAGCGCUUAUCAGCUUCCGGUUGAGUAUAUAUUUACGUUACUUUUACCUGCGAUAGGACAUCAAGCAGGCACAUCUCAAUUGUUGACCUCAUGAGGAAUCGCUACCAACAUUAGUUUCUACACUGUCAUAGUAGGUUAUCCUGGAUCAAACAAAACUUCAGCUGUGGACGUAGUACGCAAUAGUAGUCUGGAGACUGAACAUGCUAUAGGUAUCGUCUUUGGGAUCGUCCAUUUAAGAAUGAUAGUAACGGGGAUGGUCUUUUUGGUCGGUUUCUUAUGGCAGCUCCAAAACCGUCGAUUCCAUUAGCAAACGAAAUCAAACAGAUAAAUAUCGAUGAGCCAAGCUUAACACAUCUAUUAUGGGCAAUCCGCUUAUUCAACAGCAGUGAAAAAGAACCAAUCAUAACAACUGAAACGCAAUACUUUACUGAUCGUAUUAUGUACAUGUAUUCAACUAAAGCGUUAGCCGUUUUAAAUGAGAAAUGGGAUCAUUACGUUCUGUUUCAACGAGAAUCAUUGGAAUACGAUUCAUUUUUGACGUCUAUUUAUGCAAAAGCCAAGGUUCAGAUUAAUCGUAUUGCCGGUGCACUGUAUGUUGCCAAAUGCGCUGGAGAAGUAAUUGAUGCUAUCGCUGAAAACGAUCUGAACGGUUUAGGUUAUUAUGACUUUUCUAAAAAUGUCCAAGACAAAGUUAGACGUGCAGUGAAAGAUUACAAAGCAGCAAAUGAAUGGAAAACCGUUAACGAACACACAGCAAAAUCUGCCGGAAUACUCAUGGACUGCUAUUUAAAUCAAAAGAAAAUCUACGCCAACCAGAAGCAUCGACGAAAAUAUUGA